CCUGGCUGGGCGGCAGCGAGUUCUCCUCUGGCCCCGUCUGUAGAGCCCGCCUCGCUGCAGCAUUUCAACGAGAGUUUGAAUAUUUCCCCGAUUUCGGUUUUGUUAACGAUCAGCACAGACCCUCCCUGACUCGAACCCCACCCCCGUGAUGCGCUUUUCCAGGGAAACCCCCUGGAGCCCGCUGUUUGCAAACCCGACACUCCGCACUUGGUGUAUGAGAGUGAGAUUGAGUCGAGAGCCUGGCUAGGCCACAGGGAAACUGCUGCUUUCACUGCUCGAACCAAGGGGGAUGUAGAACAAAUACACAGCUCAGUGGCUAAAACAAGCAUAUUUUGGAACUGUGUUUAAUGGCCUUAGAACUUAAAGUUGAGACGUUGCCUUACAAAGGUGUAAUCUUGAACGCAAUUCUGUGUGUGUGUGUGUGUGUGUGUGUGUUGCAUUCUCAAUGAUCAAGUGGGACAGGGAAACGUGGUUUCAAAAUAGUAAUAAAUUGUGUUUAAGCUAGACCCUCAUAACCAAGCAAAGGCAUUUGAUUGCUCAGGACUUUAACCCAGUUAUGGGGACACAAUUAAAUCCUGUCCACACUACUUUUUUAAAAACACUGAUUUGACCAGGUCAAGGAAAAUCUUGUAGUUGGCUCUCCUAACUUUUGUUGUUCUUUUGAUGUGUACAUGGAAGUUUUUCACAGUGGAGGCAGGAGUUGGGAGUAGAGAAUUUUGCUGAUUGUUCUUCACUAGUGGGAGUGGGAUCAGGAUUUUGUCGUGUUUUUAAAAUUUUGUACAGUUGGAUAAGGUUGAUUUUGCUAUCUGUAUUAGUAUUUUUAUGGGAAUGGGCGUGGGUGUUUUACUUUCAUCCAUAAGCAUGGAGAAAUGAUGUUGCUGUAUCGUAGGAUACACCUGUAGCUACACUGCUGUAGUACUUAAGUGAGUAGACAUUAGCUAUUCUGACAGGAGGUGUUCUCCCAUCUGCUUAGGUAAUCCACUUCCCUGAGAGGCAGCAGCUAGGUAGACAAAAUAAUUUUAUAUAUGAACUUUAGGUCAGCUUAACUGCACUGUUCUGGCAUGUGGUUUUUUUCACACUCCUGAACUACAUCUUCAUGCUGACCCCAUUUUCUACCAGGUCUUAGUCUUUCCCCUCUUGCUUGCUUUGGAAGGGAGUUAGUUAAUGGAUUUAGCAUGUUUCAUUGGCAUAUUACACUCUCCUGCACGCGUUCUUUCUCCGUUCAUUCCUUUUUUGACUGAUUGUGUUUAAAGUCAAAGUUAGGCCAAAGAUGUAUAUAACAUCUUGGGAAAUGAAACAUAUUUUUCGUAGGGGGGGUUCUUUUAUUGAAUUGCUAACAUUAUAAUGCCAUUUGUAUUCCAAAUAUAUUUUUUUCGUAUUUGUCUUCAGGUCUGAAAAAUUUGUCUUGAUUUUCAUCAGUGUUCUCCAAAUAAAGUUAUAUUGCUUAUAUUAACAGAUAUAGUGAACAUUUUGUAAGAGCUGUCUUUAUAGUUUAGUUUUACAUACUAAACUAUGCAAUAAUUAAAUUCAUACUUAUUUUAGAGCUAUGUGAAACUGACUUAGGGUAGGUCUCCCCUAUUGCAGUUGUCAACCUAAGGUAUGCAACUCCAGCUACCUGAAUAAUGUGGCUAGAAUCGACAUACCUUGGGUUGAGUUACUUUGGGGGGUGAUAGGAGAAACUCAGGUUGACUGACUAACUCUUCUUCUCAGGGAUAUAGUACAGAGGUUGACUGGAGAGUGAUCUGCAGUUGUGUUAGUGCGUCAGCUGCUGGUCCAUCAAUCUCAAAGCAUUGAUCCUGGCUGUAGUGUAAGAUGUCCUUGAUCCUGAAGAAGUGGGCUGUGCCCACGAAAGCUCAUUAUACAAUCUACAUGUUUUGUUAGUCUAUAAAGUUCUACCAGACCAUUUGUUGUUUUUUAAGUUUAUUCUGUACAGACUAACUUGGCUACCCCCUGAAGCUUCUUGAUCCUUCAGUUAGAUCUGACUGUGCAGAUGGAUCUCAAUACCUGCAGAGAGGCUCAUUGAAGCCAUUAGGGUUCCACACAGACAUAUAGAGGUCUGUCUGCAUGGAUCUAGUUGUAGGAUCAGGGUCUUAAAGAGUAUUAAGUCAAAUCUUAUUUAUUCCAGAACAGGGUAGUUUUUAAAAUGCAAAUAAUAAAACUAAUGUGGUAUAUAAUUUAUAAGUGGUAGAAAGUCUAUCCUUGAUUCAUCUCACUACAUCUUAAAAAUCCAUUUGUUUUGAAAGCUUUCUCAGAUGACCAGAAUCAGCAUUUUCAGAAUGUAAGCCUUUCCUUUUCAGAAAUUCUUGUUUAAGCAUUAACAGUAUGCAAACAAAUACAGUACUGUCUUCCUGAUUUUGCAGGUGGACAGUUCUAGCACCAAUGCUGUUGGUAUCUCUACCAAAUUGCAUCAGGAGUGUUUAGUUGGGAGUAUCAAAGGAUGAGGUUGUGCAAGGAUGGAAUUGGAAUAUAUUUGCUGCUGGGUGUAUAUACUUGGGAAUGCACUGUGACUGAUGAGAAUUAAAGGCCAUGGAUGAAGAUGGACUUGAACUGCAGACACAUGAGCCAAACGCAUUCUUUGACCCAACAGGGUCUGAUGCAGCACAUAUGGAUGGAGAUCAGAUUGUUGUAGAAGUUCAAGAAACAGUAUUUGUUUCAGAUGUGGUGGACUCAGACAUAACUGUACAUAACUUUGUUCCUGAUGAUCCGGACUCUGUAGUCAUCCAAGAUGUCAUUGAGGAUGUUGUUAUUGAGGAUGUUCAGUGCUCAGAUAUCAUGGAAGAGGCGGAUGUGUCUGAAACUGUCAUUAUUCCUGAACAAGUGCUGGGCACAGAGGUAGCUGAUGAGGUUUCAUUAGCACACUGCACUGUUCCAGAUGAUGUUUUAGCUUCUGACAUAACAGCAGCAGCAUUGUCUAUACCAGAACAUGUACUGGCAAGUGAAUCAAUGCAUGUACCUGAAGUUGGGCAUGUGGAACAUGUGGUUCAUGAUAAUGUUGUAGAAGCAGAAAUUGUCACCGAUAGUUUGGGAGAAGAUGUAGUUUCUGAAGAAGUCUUGGUAGCAGACUGUGCCUCAGAAGCAGUAAUUGAUGCCAACGGAAUUCCCAUGCAGCAUCAAGAUGAUAAGGGCAACUGUGAAGAUUACCUUAUGAUUUCCUGCCGUCUUCAUCAACCAUCUGGGAGUACAGAGCUAUUUUCUCUUGAGGAGAUUCUUAAAGUGGAUGAUACUGGGAAGAUCGAACAUGAAGGUUCUGCUGAAAUCACCAUGGAAGCAGAGUCAGAAAAUGAUCCAUGUAAAGUGGACAGCAUUUGUCCAGAAGUCAUCAAAGUAUAUAUCUUUAAAGCUGAUCCUGGAGAGGAUGAUUUAGGAGGCACAGUAGACAUUGUGGAGAGUGAAUCUGAGAAUGAUCACGGAGUGGGACUGCUUGAUCAAAAUAGUAGUGUUCGUAUUCCCAGGGAAAAAAUGGUUUAUAUGACUGUAAACGAUUCUCAGCAUGAAGAUGAAGAUUUAAAUGUUGCAGAAAUUGCUGAUGAAGUUUACAUGGAAGUGAUUGUAGGGGAGGAAGAUGCAGCAGUAGCCCAUGAACAGCAAAUUGAUGACACUGAAAUUAAAACUUUUAUGCCCAUAGCUUGGGCAGCAGCUUAUGGUAAUAAUACUGAUGGGAUUGAAAGCCGGAACGGCACUGCAAGUGCUCUCUUGCACAUAGAUGAGUCUUCUGGACUUGGGAGACUAGCUAAACAAAAACCAAAGAAAAGGAGGAGACCUGAAUCCAGGCAGUACCAAACAGCAAUAAUCAUUGGUCCUGAUGGUCAUCCUUUGACUGUCUACCCUUGCAUGAUUUGUGGAAAGAAGUUUAAAUCCAGAGGUUUCUUGAAAAGGCAUAUGAAAAACCAUCCAGAGCACCUUCUUACUAAGAAGAAAUACAGAUGCACAGACUGUGAUUACACUACCAAUAAAAAAAUAAGUUUACAUAAUCACCUGGAGAGUCACAAGCUGAUUAAUAAAACAGAAAAGCUUAUUGAAUGCGAUGAGUGUGGGAAGAGCUUCUCUCAUGCAGGAGCUUUAUUUACUCACAAGAUGGUGCAUAGGGACAAAGGAGCCAACAAAAUGCAUAAGUGCAAAUUCUGUGAGUAUGAGACAGCAGAACAAGGGUUACUGAGUCGUCAUCUUCUGGCUGUUCACAGCAAGAACUUUCCUCAUAUUUGUGUAGAGUGUGGCAAGGGAUUUCGUCAUCCAUCAGAGCUCAAGAAGCACAUGCGAAUCCAUACUGGUGAAAAGCCAUAUGAGUGCCAGUAUUGUGAUUAUAGGUCUGCUGACUCUUCUAAUUUGAAAACUCAUGUAAAGACUAAACAUAGUAAGGAAAUGCCAUUCAAGUGUGAUAUUUGUUUUCAGACUUUUUCAGAUACCAAAGAGUUGCAGCAGCAUGUACUUAUACAUCAAGAAAGCAAAACACACCAGUGUUUGCAUUGUGACCACAAGAGCUCAAACUCAAGUGAUUUGAAACGACAUAUAAUAUCAGUCCACACAAAGGAUUAUCCUCAUAAGUGUGAUAUGUGUGAUAAAGGCUUUCAUAGGCCCUCAGAACUGAAAAAACAUGUGGCAGCCCAUAAGGGUAAAAAAUUGCACCAAUGCAGACAUUGUGACUUUAAGAUUGCGGAUCCGUUUAUUCUAAGUCGCCACAUUCUCUCAGUUCACACAAAGGAUCUUCCAUUCAGGUGUAAGAGAUGUAGAAAAGGGUUUAGGCAACAAAAUGAGCUAAAAAAACACAUGAAAACACACAGUGGCAGGAAAGUUUAUCAAUGCGAGUACUGUGAGUAUAGCACUACAGAUGCCUCAGGCUUCAAGCGGCAUGUUAUUUCUAUUCAUACAAAAGACUACCCUCAUCGUUGUGAGUACUGCAAGAAAGGUUUCCGACGGCCUUCAGAGAAGAACCAGCACAUUAUGCGGCAUCAUAAAGAUAUUGGGCUGCCUUAAAGUCUCUUUUGCAGACUUGUGGCUUGGAGUUGUAAAGGAUAUUGCUUUUCAGACAGCUUAUUUUAAAGCCAAUCACCUGCGAUUACACAAAGAAAAAAAAUAAACAAAAAUACUGUGCAUUUGAUUUAUUGCUGUAUACAAAUAGGAUUAUUGCUUCUAGUUGACUUUUAUACAUUUUGUUCAAUAGCGUGUUCUCAAUUCUAUUCAGUUUGUUUAAUAAAUGAGGAAAAGAUGGCAACAAUAAAGUUGCAUUUAAUAAAGUAAACCCUGUCUCAUACUGAAUUUUUCAACCGUAAUAGCUUAUUUAAACAUUUAUCUUACUGACUUUGUUGGUACUCACAGUGUCCAUGUUAAUGCAGUUUUGUUGUGAAUUUUAAAAAUAUUUUAAAUUUUCUCUUGAUAAUAUUGUCAGACAUGUAUAAAAUAACCUGGGGAAUUUUAAUGUCAAGAAUAAUGUUAUUAGGGCCAACCUGUUUGUCUUGUUUAGUGUAUUCAGAACUUAUGGCAAAUUAAAAACUUUACAUUUGAACAAUUCUAUUUAGUAUUGCUGAACAAAAAGUACAUUCUGCGUUUUAAUUCAGGUUUCCUUUACAAAAGAUCUCAUUCCUCCCUCUAAAACAAGUAAAAUGAUUGUUGGGGCAUUUUUUUUUAAUACACUCUGUGGAGUAAGAAUUUAUUCAUAAGUAUUAUGUUUAUUCUCUAUGCUGCUUUGUCUUUGAAUGGUUAUGUAUCACAAAAGAGUUUGGUUUUCUCAACUUCUACUGACUAACACCGAAAACAUAAAAUACAGCUAUUCCACUUACCUGGAUAGGUUGCAACUUUUGUGCUACAACUAAGUGUAUAUCCAAAUUGAAGACGAUUUUAUGUAUAAAAACAUGAAACAGCAGUAUUUGGGACAAAUAAUCACAUUUUUUACUGGGAAUUACUUUAGAAUAAAACUGAAGUCCAAUAGAUGUCUCAGACAAUUUUGCAGAUGUGUUAUUUAGAGAACUGCAAGUAGGAAAUAGUAGAAGCAGAUAAUUUUUAAGGAACAGAGGUCCAAUUUUCAUGCAGAUAUCCUUAAUAAAAAUAAUAAAUUAUAGGAAGAAACAUAGGAAGAACUGUUUCUAAAUAGAAUGUUUUUCAUGAACCAUCAGCAUCUGUGCUAAGCUGCUGUUUAUUAAAUAAUUAGUAUCCAGAAUUAAUCCAGUUUUUAUAGUCUGUUUAUAAACAAAUGUGAAGGCCUUACAAUUGUAUGUAAUUUUACCACUUGAAGUCUAUUGCUAAGAUAAAACUAUAAUCUAAUGUUGGUUACUAAUUGUUGUAUAAAUACGCAAAACACAGUCAUGUAUCUUGAGUUAACAAAAGGUAAAACAAAACUGAAUUACUUAUGUAUUUGGGCCUGAUUUGGCAGUCCUUAUCCAAACUCCCACUGAAGUCAGUGUUUGAGUAAGAAUUGAAGGAUGUGGCCCCAAAUGACAAUAGGAUUAGACAGAUCCUGCAAGUACUAAUCCUACCAAGUAAGUAGCACUUACGCAUAGGAGUAGUUUCAUUAUUUUUAAUGGAACUACUAACUGGGAGCAAGGGGAUGCAGAAGUUGACUCUCAGUCCUUAAUCAGACCCACAGUGAGUGAAUUUUCCUCUUUCAGAUGGUUGUCCUAAAUCUUUAUUGUUUUGUUUUUUUCAUUGAGGACAGCAAUUAUCGCUCAGCUACUCCAUAUGUUUUAUUGUAAGUGUAAACACUUGAGUUUAACUUGAACUUGUCUUUUCAGGCAAUGCUAAUGCUUUCUAAUGCUGUUUUUCCCCACACUUUUUUGUGAUGUCUGAUUAAUGGUGCCAGAUGUACUGAUCCAGCGCUACACUCGUUAAUGUUGCUAAUAAUAAAGAGGUUCUGAUCUUUUCAUGUGUAACUGGUGAGCAGACUCCUGUGCCUGUCUUCAGUGGAAAUGUGUGUGCUCACAGCAGUCUGCCUACAAGCUGUAUAUUGUAGGAUCAGGUCCAUAGUGUAUAAAAAAAACUUGGUGCACAUUUUCCAUUGAAAUUUUGUGAACUGUCUUUGUUCAGAUUAAUUUUUCUCAAGUGUUUUGCAAGUGAAAACCUGAAAAUUCCACAUAAAUUCCCACAAUAUUAUUAAGAAGUUCUAGCUAUUUUGAACUGUAUAUUUUUAAAUAAGCUGAAAGACAAAGAACACACAUUUUACACACUUUAUUUCUCUUAUAUAGUCUGGAAUCAUACACUUUUUUUUAAGCACAAUACUGAAACCUUUUUUAAAGGAAAAAUUAAGGAUUUGGUCAAGUGGAUUUUGUAAAAUGUAUUUGUCUGUAUAAAGAGAAAAUGGAUUUGUAGUUAUUGUUAAUGUACUGACAGUUACAGGCUAGUUUUAAUUCUUAAAUAAUUUGAUUAGCAUAUGCUAUAAAAUGGAUGUUUCAGUUAAAUGUUUUAAAAGGUACAAAUUUUUACAAGGACAUAAUAUAAAUUAUUGUUCUGUAGAAAUGCCCUGUUAAAUAUUGUAUGUCCCUCCCUCUGUACACUUUGUAAAAAAGAAAAAGAAAAAAACAAAAUACAUAGAAUCAUAUAGGGAUGUGUGACAUUAUUGUAAUUGUGUACUUGAUAAUAACGUGAAAAAAUAAAAAUCAGAAUAUUUUCUUGUUAA